GGCAAGGUGGCUCACACCUGUAAUCCUAGCACUCUAGGAGGUCAAAGUGGGAGGAUCACUUGAGUUCAGGAGCUUGAGACCGACCUGAACAAGAGUGAAACCUGACGACUUGCUUUUUGGGAGGCUGAGGCAGGAGGAUUGCUUGAACCUAGGAGUUUGAGGUUGCUGUGGGCUAGGCUGAUGCCAUGUCACUCUAGCCUGGGGCAAUAGAGUGAGACUGUCUCAGAGAUAGAUAGAUAAUAUUGAGAUUGACACGAUCAGAAAACUGAAAAGAGAGAAAAGGAGGCAGAGGGAAGAUGACCAGCGGGUUUGGUUCUCUGUGCAGAUGGUGGGGCCAUUAUUGGGUUAAGGGAGAAGAGAGGGAGAAGGUUUGGCAGGAAAAGACUGCAGGCCAAAUUGUCUGAGGCGAAGGUGUGGCCUCCAGGGGAGGGUGUGGCGCUUAGGAGAGGGAUCAGGACUCGUCGACAUUGAAACAGCGAGGAAGCCGUCCGUGCGUAACAAUAGUAAGUAACUGGAGAGACAGCUCGGUUUGGAGUGUGCAGAGUGUUUAGGCAGCAUAGUUGGAGUACUCAGGGUUGGGACUUCCUGGUCCAAUAGCCCAGCGUUGAAAUGCCGCCAGAACCCAGGCGAGGGAAGGGGCGGCAUUGGGCCUCCGGGCCCCACCUCUCGGCAUGCCUCUCGCCCUCUUCAGCUAUUGGGCAUUAUCUCUGUCCGUCAGGGGCCCGCCUCCGCAAAUGAACCAAUCAGAGAUGGCGGGAGGGCGCUUCUUUCUAGAGCAAGGGUCCCGACUAGGGGCCACUUGGGUGAGGUGAAGCCCGGGUGGUGGCAGCUGUAGUGCUUUGCGCAGGCGCGGAACUGACGGGACCGACCGGCUGAUAUCUGCGCAAGCUGGUGAGAAGACAGCGAGGGUCCGAGGUUUAAGAAGAUCCUUUUGUCCUGAAAGAACACAUUUGCUGCUGUAGUUUCAGAAUGUCAAGUACUGUGGCCUACUGGAUUUUAAAUUCUGUAAGGAACAGCAUUGCCACAUUUCAAGGGGGUAGACGUUUAUACUCUAGGUAUGUCUCAAAUAGGAGUAAAUCAAAAUGGAAGCUCUUUUCUCAGGUGCCACUCACCCUAAAAAACAGUCCCCCAUGUGUUAGCUCUCCUCUUCAAAAGGCAUACAGACACACAUCCACAGAGGAAGAAGAUUUCCAUUUACAACUUAGCCCUGAACAGGUAAAUGAAGUGCUUCGAGCUGGUGAGUCAGCCCACAAGAUUCUCGACCUUGACAGCGGAGUCCCAAAUUCAGUGUUGCGGUUUGAGAGCAACCAGCUGGCUGCCAAUUCCCCAGUGGAGGACCGGCGAGGUGUAGCCUCCUGCCAGCAGACCAGCGGACUGAUGUUUGGCAUCUUUGAUGGACAUGGUGGUCAUGCAUGUGCUCAAGCAGUAAGCGAGAGGCUCUUCUACUAUGUGGCUGUGUCCCUGAUGUCCCUCCAGACCCUAGAGCAGAUGGAAGGAGCAGUGGAAAGCAUGAAGCCCCUGCUGCCUAUCCUGCAGUGGCUCAAGCACCCAGGGGACAGUAUAUACAAGGAUGUCACAUCAGUACAUCUUGACCACCUCCGUGUCUAUUGGCAGGAACUGCUUGACCUACAUGUGGAAAUGGGACUGAGCAUUGAGGAAGCAUUGAUGCACUCCUUCCAGAGACUGGAUUCUGACAUCUCAUUGGAAAUCCAGGCCCCCCUGGAUGAUGAGGUGAUAAGAAACCUGUCACUCCAGGUUGCUUUCUCUGGUGCAACAGCCUGCAUGGCCCAUGUUGAUGGAAUUCACUUGCAUGUGGCAAAUGCUGGUGACUGCCGGGCCAUCCUUGGUGUCCAGGACGACAAUGGCAUGUGGUCUUGUCUGCCCCUCACCCGUGACCACAAUGCCUGGAACCAGGCUGAGCUGUCCCGGCUAAAGAGGGAGCAUCCCGAGUCAGAGGACAGAACAAUUAUCAUGGAUGACAGGCUGCUGGGAGUCCUUAUGCCCUGCAGGGCUUUCGGGGACGUCCAGCUAAAGUGGAGUAAAGAGCUGCAACGCAGUGUCCUGGAGAGGGGCUUUGAUACUGAGGCCCUCAACAUUUACCAGUUCACCCCCCCACAUUACUAUACUCCUCCCUACCUGACUGCUGAGCCUGAGGUCACAUACCAUAGGCUGAGGCCCAAGGAUAAGUUCCUUGUGCUGGCCUCAGAUGGCCUGUGGGACAUGCUGAGUAAUGAGGAUGCGGUGAGACUGGUGGUAGGUCACCUGGCCGAGGUAGAUAGGCACAAACCAGACCUGGCCCAGAGACCUGCCAACCUGGGCCUCAUGCAGAACCUGCUGCUGCAGAGGAAAGCCAACAGGCUCCUUGACACUGACCAAAAUGCAGCUACACGUUUGAUCAGACAUGCCAUCGGGAGCAAUGAGUAUGGAGAGAUGGAGCUGGAGCGGCUGACAGCUAUGCUGACAUUGCCAGAGGACUUGGCAAGAAUGUACAGGGAUGAUAUCACUGUUACCGUGGUGUAUUUUAACUCAGAAUCUAUUGGUGCAUAUUACAAGGGAGGUUUUUAAGACAAAGUCUAUGUCGCGAGGUUGUGGCGUCAUAGCUCACAACAACCUCAAACUCUUGGGCUCAAGCGAUUCUCUUGGCUCAGCCUCCCGAGUAACUGGGAUUGCAGGUGCCCGCCAUAAUGUCCGGCUAUUGUUUUUGUUUGUUGGUUUGUUUUAGCAGGCCAGGGCUGGGUUUGAACCCACCAGCCAUGGUGCAUGUGGCUGGCAUCCUAACUGCUGAACUACGGGCACUGCGCCAUAAAUGCUCUUCUAAAAUAUUUUCAGUUACUCUUAUACUAGCUAUCCAAACCUUACUGUUAAAGGGCAGGCAGAUGCAGCUUUCUAAAUAAUUAACUAACAUGAGGGAGAAAAAAACAGCCUAGGUUUAAAGACAAUAGCAAUGAUUUCAUCUUCCCAAACAAGAGUUUUGAUCAGCUCUUGUACAUAUGGAGGGCAGAGCAUAAAGACUAUAAAAUUGGCUUGGGCUCAUGUAGCCCAAGUCCUUUUAUGAAGAUACUAUUAAAUGUGUCAGCCUGAUCCUUCAAAGGGUAAAUCUAAUUAUGAUUCUAAGAAUAAAGAGCUUCAGGAUCUUCUGAGCUCUUGCUGGAAAAUCUGCAAAUUUAAUAAUUGCCCUGAUUUACAAUCAUGGAUUUCUAGACUAUGAUGAGAGUUUUUGUUUUUCAUUUAAAUUACUAAAGCCUAGGUUUACAAAGCAUACUACACGACACUCUUCUAUGCAAUAUCCUAACUUUUUUUGUGGUUAUACUUAUGAAAACAUUUUGUAAUACUGCAUUCUAGUUCUAGAGUUUAUCUUAAAACUGAAUCUUUAAACUUGCAAACAGGCCUACAGUAAGCAUACCUUGGAUGACUUGUUUUAGUUUUCAGCUGAGCAGGAGCUAUGCCUGAGAACCAGCUGAAUUUACUUGUGCAGCUUUUAGUCUCUACUGAGUCCCAGUCCUGAAACUCUGAUCCAGUGUAGGAGGUAACUAAUCUAAGCCUUAACUCCUGGCCUUUCUUGCAUUAGUAAAAUGUCCUCCCAAGCUUAGUCUCUGGGGGUUUAUGCUUAGCAUUUAACCUUUCUGAUGAUACCUCUCAAACAUUCUUUUGUUAAUUCUACCUAAUACAGUCCUUCUACCUCUGUUAUGCUACACCCAACCCUGCUCCUGCUGCCUAUAUUUUAAAAGAAUGUUCCCUGUUUCAAAGGAUUAUAGAAAGAGGAGAGAAACAGGUGGUAGGUGUGAGGGAGCAGGUUUAUUCAGAUAGUAGAUUUAAGAUUCAGCUCUCAGGGGCAGUGCCUGUGGCUCAAUGGAGUAGGGCGCUGGCCCCAUAUGCUGGAGGUGGCGGGUUCAAACCCAGCCCCGGCCACAAACAACAAAAGAAAAA